AUGUUCAGUGAACCGACAAUUAAAUAUAACAACAGAAGUGAUAAGAAAUAUUAUACAAAUAAUAUUUUACCUAAGAUAGAGGCUAACAUUUAUGUAGAACCAUAUUAUAAAAGCAAAUUAUUAUAUAGUCAAAGUACUUAUACUACUCCUAUUAUAUCUAUUAAUGAAUAUCAAAAAAAUUAUUUUACUAAAAAUAUUGUUAGAAAAAGAAAUUAUAAUAUAUUAAAUGAUAAUUAUCUUAUAGAUAAAGAAAAAUUUUAUAAUUCACAUGGUAUUAAUGUUAACAGAUGGAGUGAAAUAAAUCAAAGAAAAAAAGCAAGAAAAAGAAUCAUGGUAUACAAUGCAUAUGUUGAAGUUGAAAAACCUUUCAAUUUAAUGAAUGAUCCAAGAGUAUUUCGUGGAUCAGUUAUAGCAAAACAAAGAGAAUAUCAAAAAUUUAAACGUGAAGCUGAGGAAAGAAAACAAGAAGAAAUUAAUUAUAAAACAAAUAUUUUAAGAUCAAAAUUAGAAAAAUCAUUUAAAGAACAAAAUAAUUAUUUACAAAAUAUAAAUGGAAUUGAUAGUUAUAGAAAAGAUGAUUACCAAUCACAGUAUAUUAAAUUGAAUACUUCAACAAAUUUACCUAAAGUUAAUGGACCUUUAGGAGUAACAAGAAGAUUUUUUAAUAUUGAUGAAAAAAUUCCUUACAAUGAAUUAAAUGCAAGAAAAAUUUAUAGAGAAAAUAAUGAAUAUAUGCCAUCAAAUAAUAUUAAAAGAAGAGAAAAUAGAAAGUAUAAAAAGUAUGAAACAAUAAACAAUAAAUCAAAGUUAUUACCUUUAAGAAAAGAGAUAGCACAGAGAAGUCUAAGUGCUGAGUAUGGAAAAAUUCAUAAAUUAAGAAGAGAAAAUUAUUCUUUUAGUAAAAAUAAUCCAAAUUUCAGUAAUGUACAAUUUGUACCAAUAGAAAGAAAUAUGGAAUAUGAAAAUUAUAAAAAGUCUGGUGCAAAUAUUCCAACUAAAGUUAUUCCAACACUUAUUAAUUAUGGAAAAAUGAGUGACAAUGGAUUAAAUUUAACUAAAGUAAAGAAAACACAUGUUAUUAAAAAAAAAGUUCCAAAUAAUUCAUUGUCUACACCUAUAUCUUAUGUUGACAGUCAAGUUCAAACACAAGAAGAUGCUGAAGAAUUUAUAUUUUCAUUAGCUCGUGAAUUAUCAAUGAAUGCCAUAUUAACAUCACUUUUUAAUCUUAAAUCAGAAGAAGAAAUACAAAAAUUGAAGAAAGAGAAAAUACAUAUAACAAAUAAUUUAAUUAAAAAAAAUACAAAAGUAGAAGAUUUAGAAAAAGUAAUUCAUGAAAAGAAGAAUAAUGAACAAGCAUUAUUACGUCAAAGAGAUGAAAUGGCAUAUAUGAUAAAACUUUUGGAAUCUCGAAAAAUGGCAUAUUUUACAGUAAAUGAUGUAAUAGAAAGUGCAAUAACAAAUUUAUUAGAUCAAGAUAUGAUAAAAGAAAUCCCAAAAUUUAGAUCUAUAGCUAAUGAUACCUCUGAUCUAGAGAAGCAAAAAAGAAAAUAUAAGUUAGCUUUCAAAGAAGUUGAGUUUGAUUUUAUUCCAUGGAUGUUUAAAAGAGCUGAAAAAGUUGCAUUCCAAAAUAAAGCAGAAAAAGAAUUAAAAAAGGCAAUGUUUAGUAAAUAUGAUGUUGUAAGAAAAGAAGCUAAAGUAGCACUAAGAGAAUUUAUCAAAGAUGCUGAAAAAUUACAUUACAAACCUUAUAAAUUUAAAUAA